GCCUUUUGCGAUGAUCUCCAAAUGCUGAGUUACGACCACGGCCAUGCGACUGCCACUUUAGUUUCCUCCUCUAUCGUUAUUUUGAAACACGAACACGAUAUAUACCACUCAGGGGUUCGACCUACGCGAUUCAACCCGAAACGACACCACUCUACAGCUCCUGGUCAACACCACCACCACUUGCAUGCGCAGAAGUUGGGUUUGGGACCUGUCAGGAUACACUAGAAUGUCACGUAGGAGGAGUUCGUCAGACCAUCAUAAUCGUCUUCCCUCAUGGCGGACCGUAGCCUCACCUCGCUUUUCUGCGGGUUUUGCACGGGCACGCUCUAUACCCCUCAAAUGGAAGAUACUCCUCCUUCUCCUCGUCAUCCUUCUUCUCAUAUCCCCCAUUCUCAUAUGGGAACCACAUAUUGAAAUUUCGAUAUAUGACCGGAAAUGGGUCAAGGAGGAAGUCGAGGAUUUGUGGCCUAUAUCAACAUGUUUCGACCACCGACGGAUAUCCCCUCAUUAUAAUAUCACCAAGUCGUUGCUUGCGCCGAAACGAACUCAAGUCCAUGCUGGGCUACCGUUACGCCUCGGCAUGGAUUGUUAUAACUUUGCUGGCACCGUACAUCCAGACGAACAUCCGCAGGGAUGGUUGCCUCCAGACCAACGGACGCAUUAUCAUACAUAUUGGCGCACAGACCUUGCACCGUUCUCCGAGAGACAAGAGUGGUUGCUCAAGUCCUUCUUCGCCACACAAAACGUCCAGACGUCGCGACUAAUCCUAUGGUCCAAUGGGGACCUCAGUGGAAACGAGGUAUUGCAGAAGUGGUUGAAGUGGUACCCGGACGCGUUUGUGUUGAAGGUGGUGGAUUAUGAACAGUUGGCUCAGGGGACGGAGUUGGCCAAUAGUGAGUUGUUGAGGGUGAAGGAUACGAAGGCGUGGAUAGACGGGGACUUGGUUCGGUUGCUGGUGUUGUGGGCAUAUGGCGGAGUAUGGGUGGAUAUGGACUCCCUUCUGACGAGAGACCUUUCCCCGUUGCUAGAACACGAGUUCGUCACGCAAUGGGAUUGCUAUGACAAGCUCUAUGUACCCUUUAACGGCGCCCUCAUGAACUUUCACAAAAAUUCACCAUACCUCUGUGAAGCAUUUCACAUCAUGACCACUUCAUCCCCUCCACGACAAGGCACGACCGACUGGGGCGCAACGCUCUACCUCAAGCUCUGGCGUCGACUCGUCGCCUCCUCUGUUCGGCCCUUUUCAGUCCUCCCAUGGUGUUUCUCAGACGGACGUUCAUGUCGGCUCGACAAUCGGCUUCCAGAUCCGUUCCAGCCCGAUCCUCGGAAUGGUGAAUGGACGUUUGGUCUGAAGAUGGAAGAAGGUGGAGGCCUUGAUCGCGUGUUGAGCAGCCAGGUGUUCUCCGUACAUCUACAUAACCAAUGGACAAAGCCGUUCCCGAAAGGAGGUUGGGUGGAGAGGUUGCUUUUGAGGAGAUACGACCAAAAGCUGCAGCGAUCACCGUCCGGACGGAAAAUCAGACGCACAUUGUGAUUGGGAUGUCGUCGUCUCGUCGUAUAACGAAUUUUGUACUUCAUUAAUGACCCAUUAUAGUUUAAUCAACGUCUUAAUGUAUAGAUAUUCUUUAUUUACAUCCAUGCACUAGCCCUUCGGUUAUGAGAAAUCUCGAGAACAAUCUCGUAGGGCAGUAAUCUCCAUAUGCGGACAUGGCUAUCCUAAUUUGGCUAUACCUUCUC